CAGGGCGGUUUCACCUGUUCCUUCAGUGGAAUACCCACUGUUGACAGUUUCCGGAUAUCCCUAAACUUUAAACUCCUUGUUUCCAUCAGACGACUCAAGCAUCAGCGAGCAACUCAUAAACGACACACCAAGGCCUCGACGUUCGCAACCCGCCCUUUUAGAUUUAGAUAGACAUUGGUUUCGGGCGCCCCAGUUUUUCUGUUUCACUCGCGCCGUGUUUCAGCAUUUCAGCUACUCAAGGUUUAAUUCCACCGCCCAUCUCACAAUAACCUUCAUACAAUUUCCAAGGCCGGACAUCCAACAUUAAACGGAUCAUAACGUUCUCUCACCCUACUCCACGUGGAAACGGAGUAAAUUCGAACGACUGUACAAGCCGCGUACUGGGGGUUGAGGUUCAAGAAAGGGAUAGAAAGGGGCAGGAUGAUAUCAAUACCAUGGACAUGGCGCCGGUCCGAGACGGCAGCCGACUACUCCAGCGCCGUGAUUCCUCUGAACGAGGCCCAUCAGCACAGCCACUCAUACCGGUUACGUCCGCGACCUGACCCUGAGGGGCAGCUGGACGAUGAAGCCUUUGACGACGACGACGACCCAGACAAGGACGGUGAUGACGGGGACACAACCAUGCUCGUCAUGACUCGUUCCGUUGAUGAAUAUAGCAUCGAGGGGCUGAGGAGGGAGGUGAGGGCGGGUAAGAAAGGAGGAGAGUGGACUACGUAUGAGAUGAGAUCUAAACUCAUCAACAAAGCCAUCCAAGAUAUUGGUAUGGGGAGGUACAACUGGCAGUUGUUUGUGCUCUGCGGGUUUGGGUGGUUUGCCGAUAAUUUGUGGAUGCAAGGCGUAUCGCUCACUCUCCCCUCCCUCUCAGCCGAGUUUGGCAUCUCGGAAAAAUCAGUACGCUACACAACAUCGUCCGUGUUCCUGGGCUUGUGUUUCGGGAGCUUCUUCUGGGGUAUCGGCUCCGACAUGAUGGGUCGACGCAUUGCCUUCAACGUAACGCUGCUCAUUGCCAGCGUGUUCGGAACUGCCACGGCGUACGCGUCAACCUGGGGCGGAGUCUGUGUGUUGUACGCCAUCUUGGGCUUCGGCGUUGGCGGCAACCUGCCCGUAGACGGGGCUCUCUUUCUUGAGUUUCUACCUGACGCCUCUAGCUCCCUAUUGACUCUCCUCUCCGUUUGGUGGCCGGUCGGACAGCUCUGCUCAUCCCUAUUCGCCUGGUUCUUCAUCGCCAACUGGCCCGUUGAGCAAGGAUGGCGAUACUUCAUCUUCACCAUCGGCAUCAUCACCUUCAUUAUGUUCCUCGUCCGCUUCUUCCUCUUCCAGAUGUUUGAGUCGCCCAAAUACCUGCUCUCGCGAGGCCGACAGGCCGAGGCAGUCGCAGUCGUGCAGGGCAUAGCGCUCAAAAACGGCAAGAAGACCUGGCUGACACAAGAGGUCCUGGACGCCGUAGUCGACGACACGGCCCCGCGCGUCCGGCAACGGCUAUCGACCAGAAACAUCAUCCGAAACAAGCUGGCCUCCUUCUCGGCCGAGCGCAUCCGACCGCUCUUCCACACGCGCAAGCUCGGCCUCGCCACGGCGCUGAUCUGGUUCGCCUGGGCGACCAUCGGGAUGGGCUACCCGCUCUUCAACGCCUUCCUCCCGCAGUACCUCUCGCACGGCGGCAACGACAACAACUCGGGCGACGCGCCGGCCUCGGAGAUCACGGGCGACACCUACCGCAGCUACGCCAUCACCAGCAUCGUCGGCGUGCCGGGCAGCCUGCUGGCCGCCUACUCGGUCGACAUGAAGUCGCCCUUCCUGGGCCGCCGCGGCACCCUGGCCAUCUCCACCCUGGUGUCGGCCGUGUUUUUGUUUUUGUUCGUCCGGUUCGGCAAGACCCCCUCGUCGCAGCUCGCUUUCACCUGCGUCGAGGCCUUUGCCCAGAACAUCAUGUACGGCGUCCUGUAUGCGUUUACGCCCGAGGUCUUCCCCGCGCCGGUCCGCGGGGCGGGCACCGGCGUGGCGAGCUUUUUGAAUAGAGCGACGGGGCUGGUGGCGCCGAUUAUUGCCGCCACGGUGCCCGGGGAUGGCACGACGACGCCGGUGUAUAUGGCGGCGGCGCUGAUUUUGGCUGCGUUUGUGGGCAUCUGCAUGAUUCCCAUUGAGACGCGUGGGCGGCAGAGGUUGUAGAUUGUAUGUGGUUGGGGGGGUGGGAAGCGUUGUUGGGUUCUGCACCAGCAUUUACGAUUUCCGGCAUCAGCAGGCGAUUUUCGAGAUAUACUGCAGGAUACACACGAUAGAAUGGGUUUACAAGUACGGGGUAUUUUGUGUACGGAAUAGCUGCACCCGGCAAAAGACAAC